AUGAGAAUUCUGUCGACCAAUGUUUUGGGUAACGCCAAAUCCAAACUCAAGUGUCUCUCGUCAACCUCGUAUUCGACUGCGUCUCGCGUUAAAUCUCAGGCACAUGUGCGGCGGGGUUUUGCUGUGGAUCCCAACAACAAGAACAACGACGAUGACAAGCUCCGGUUUCUGUUCAUGUACUUUGUCAAGGAUAUCAGGCAUGCUUCGGUAAUUUCUGCUGAAACCUCGUGGAAAAUAGAUGAACUCCGCUCGAAUAACUUCAUUAUGUUCACGCCCCAAGUCGUCAGAUUCGUUAAAGCUUUGGGCUGUAGAUAUGAUAUUACCGCCAGUAUCGACGAGCUGAUGUUGGUGUGCAGCUGGGACGCACAAUGGUUAAGGAAACAUGAUAUUCUUUGGAACCCCACUAGCCAAGAGAUACAGAUAAUUCCUCCUUCCCCCUACUGGAAACGUCACUUCACGGAUAUGUUAUUUGGCUUGGGGUUUGAUCCCGCCAAGCCUCGGGGCUAUAAGAUUCUCAAGAUUCUCAUAGACUACUGUAAUUUCGAUGCUCCUCCGGAGUUCAGAGCCGAACUCUACUCACUCGAAACCGGUUCUUGGAGGAAAAUCAAGUAUCCUUACCAGCAAGAGGGCAUGCCGACUAGGGAAAGCGCACAUUUGUCACGGGGUUUUGCGGUGGAUCCCAACAACAAGAACAACAACGACGACAAGAUCUGGUUUGUGUUAACGUACUUUGUCAAGGAUAUCAGGUAUACUUCCACUACUGUGAUUUCAAAUCUCCUUCGGAGUUCAGAGGCUCAGAGCCGAACUGUACUCACUCAAAACCGGUUGUUGGAGGAAAUCAAAUAUCCUUACCAGCAGAAGGGCAUACCUACUAGCCGAGGCGUUCGUAUAGGCGGCUCUUAUUAUUGGGGACUAAGGCCUCAUUCAAUCUUCUCGUUCGACUUUGCCAGUGAAAAGUUCUCGCAUCUCUUACUACCUUUGCCGGACAAGAUUAGAUUUAAAAAAUCCAAAUAUCGUCUUAUUGAGUUUGAUGGCUCGCUCGCUAUUCUUGUUACGACGGAUGUCUCGAAUAAUUCCCAAGUGGCUUAUUCCACUUUCGAAAUUUGGGUGUGGAAUGAUGAGUCGUGGUAUCUAAAGUCUGAAUUCGAGAUCCCUGUUGCUGUUGAUCAUGUUGUGCACGUCUUUGAGAAUAAUAAGUUGUUUGUCCAGGACAUCACAGGCAGGGUGUUGCUUUUCGAUGUUGAGGAUCCGUGGAUCUGGGCAUCUGUGCUGAUUCUAAGGCAGUUUGGAUUAUGCCUUAUGUCGAGAGCUCUGUUCGCUCAAUGA